AUGGCUUGGCAACCAUCGCCAGACACCACAGUAUGCCAUUUGUUGCAGUUAGAAGCCUCAUUCGGCAUGACCUCUGCUGGCGGAGUGGCGAUUGUGCUGAUGGUGGAGGUAGACGUUGAUGUUGUCGAGGUUGUGGAAGUCGGAACUGCGGUGGAGUUCCUUUCAACACAUAUUUGUUUGAAUCCAUCGCUGGAGAGUGCGUUCCAGACACCUGUAUCACAAUCACUACCUAUCCAAGGAUUAAGCGAGGUGACGGUUGUGACAGAGACAUUGAAAAGAGAUGAAAAUAUCGUGCAGUUGAAAGCACCUAGGGCGAUAUAUGUCGUCUGGAAACCUACUCUUAUCGGCAGCGCGGAGCUGGAUAUAGCAAUUGCAAUCAGAUGGCUGAACACUGGUUGA